AUGGAUCCAUACGCAUCGGCUUCCUCUUCGGCAUCGCCGCUGCCGCCCACCUCGGCGUCCGCGUCCGCCUCGACGCUCGAAGCCCACGCCGCCACCUCCUCCGUCCAUUCGCCCGACCUUCGUCGCCCGGGCGUCGGUAUGCUCAAUGGCGACACACCCACCUCCGCGUCGCCCUCCCACCACCACUAUCACGUCAGCCGCCCCUCCCAAACCUCGCAGCAUUCAUUCCAGUACCAGCAUCAGCAUCAGCACCAGCAUCCGCAACAACAACAGCAUCAACAUCAACAGCAUCCACACCACCACGCUUCCAACCACUCCAUCGGCAGCUCCUCGGGCUUCCGUCACGACUCCUCCGACAGCACACUCACACCCACCUUUUCCAGCAACAACCUCCACAACGCCUCCCACAGCCUCUUCUCCGACCCUAACGACCCGCUCGCACAGCCCCUCAACCCGGUCAACGCAGCGCCACUCCCAAUCAACGCUUCCAGCCACAUCCUCAUCGCUAGCAUCGUACAGAGGCUCGUCAACAAGCUCCCCUGCAACUCAGGAUGGCGUCUCCAGCUCGUCGAAGAGGACGACCUCGUCCGUUCCUGCGUCGCAAACCUCAUCAACCUCAGCUGCUUCCAACUCGGCCUCGUCGUCAAGGAGCUCCUCGGCGCAAUCGAACUCCUCGUAAAGCAGUCCUCCCAGCAGCGACUCGAACAACAGGCCGGCAUCGGCGUGCUCCACUCCCAGCUCUUCAUCCUCAAGGUGCUCGUAUCCUGCCUCAACCACCAGUGGCGCAUCGCCGCCGGCCACGCAAACAGCCCUCGCCCCGGCCUCGAUCCGCUCGCCUCCACCCCUUCCACCUCCAACUCGGCCCACAGCUGGUCCGAUCCACCCGCCAUGGACGACACACAGGCAAAGCACGUCCUCAGCGUCAUGACCCUCCUCAUCAAACAGAACGUCGCCAGGGACGACGCCACCUUCUCCUCCAUCCACGACGCCGGCCUCGAUGCGCGCUCCUCCUCCAAACCCGACUCCACCUCCUCCCACUCCCUCUCCGGCCGUCCACCUCCCUCCGAACGCUCCCUCCGCGACCUCAGCCUGCGCGAUCCCGCUUCCGGCUUUUCCAGCACAAAGAGCUUCGCCCACCACUCUGCCUCGCGCCUCACCCGCGACGACUCCGAGUCACGCGAAGACGCAGCCAGCCCCACCGCCGCCGCCACAUCCGAAAAGCUCCCAGAGGUCUUCAUGCCCUCUUCCCUGUGCCUCGCCGCUUCCACCAGCCUCUACGUCCUCUAUCCCUACUUUCCUCCCACGCGCUCGCCCUUCGACCAACCUCCCUCCAUCGACAGGGCCGAUCUCGCCAUGGGCGUCGGCGCCUCCGACUCCCAACCAUCCUCAUCCUCCAUACCCACCAGCACCACCACCGACGCCCAGUUCGAUCCGCUACAACUCACAAAGGGCGCCAGAUUCAACUCCUCCUCUUGGACCAACACCGCCUUCAGUCCGGACGUAGAGGGCUUCGACGUGCCUCACCACCUCCAGACCCGCAUCUACCGCCUCGCCAGCCAGGUCGUCUUCUACCUCAGCUCCAGCAACUGGGUCGUCGUCAAUGCACGUCUCCGCAAUCGCCUCUACUAUCUCAGCUCCACCAUCGAGGACUCGCCCAGCACCGCAGAGCUCCGCCUCCUCGAGUGCUCCAACUUCCAGCGCGCACGUCUCGCCAGCAUCCUCCAGGAAGUCAGCACCUCCUUCCCCCAGCUCAAGCGCAGCGCACAGUAUACCGUCGCCUUGGUCCUCCGCCGUGCAAUCUGGUCGUGGAUCCAGUACCAUCCCGCCGAGUUCGCCGCCCUCGUCACCUCCAACCGUCGCUUCGAGGGCAGCCCAGACGUCGUCUUCGACCAGGUCUACGCGCUCGCCGACACCACCAAGCGCAAGAUCGCCUUUUGGCCCCUCCUCACCUCGCUCCUCAUCCUCUGCCCAGACGUCGUCGGCAAGGCCGCCGUCGGCGAGAACAGAAAGGCGAGCGGCAGCCUCGCAAAGAAGCUCUCCUUCAUCGACGGCCUUCGCAAGUCGCCGCGCAACACCGCCCUCAUCGACGUCGCCGCGCUCUGCUGCGUCGACCUCUUCAAGGCCGCCGCCACCGUGCCGCGCUCCGACAACGGCCUUCGCCUCAUCGUCCAAGACCUCGAGGUCGACCUCAAGGAGCGCCUCUUCGAUCCAAAGAGGCCGCUCGCCAGCGGCAACAAGCCCAUCGAGCUUAUGCUCAUGGUCGACUUCUUUGCUGCCCUCUUCCGCAUCGAUCCCCAACGCACCACCCGCGAGCUCGUCCCCAUCUGCAUGUCCGAGUCCAAUCCGGUCCACUUCAAGAUCGCGCUCGUCAAGGCCGCAGUGCUCCUCGCCAGCGAGCAACAUCGCCUCCCGUGGGCGCCCGACGUCAGCAUCCUCUACCCGCACAUCUCGCGUCCGCUCCGUGCCUUCUUCCGCGAAAUGACCUACCGCCUCCCGCGCUUCGACAAUCGCGACGCCGCUCGCAAACGCGCAGCUUCGCGAGCAGCUGCCUCGGCCCUCUUUCGCUCCGCCUCCCUCUCGGGCUCCGCCGCCGCUGCAGCCGCUAGCCUCGACGAGUUGGCUCGCCUCGACUUGUUCCAGUCCACCGUUCAGCUCUGGACUUUGGACGUAGCUGCGCUCGCACACGCCAUCGACCUCGACCGUCCAAAAGCCUUGACGUCGCUCUCGGGUGGAAUGACGCCCUUUGACCGCGAAAAGGUGCUGCGCAAUGCCGUCUCCAUCGACAGCCUCCUCUCCUUCACCGUCUCCAUCUGCUCCGUCUUCGCCACCCCACCCGAGUUCGCUUGCUACCGCAAGAUCAGCGCCGCCCUUCUCUCGCGCGUCUACCACUCGGGCAUGUUCGACGACUCGCUCGCCGAGUUUUGCGAGCACCAGCGCCACGUAGGCGUCUCGCUCCUCCCCUUCUUCUUCACCAUCCUCACCGAACAGCUCAUGGCCUCCGAGUCGUCCGAGAUGCAGCGCCACUACCUCGAACUCCUCCGUCGCUCACAGCAACGCAGAGGCUUCUUCAUCAGCCAGGAGCGCGACUGGGAGUCCACCGCCGCAGCUCCCUUCUAUCCGCCCGCCCAAGAGCGCAAACUCGAAUACCUCUGGGUCCAGCUCGUCACCCUCCUCCUCAUGUGCUCCAGCGAUACCGAGGUCUGCUCACGCGCCAUGCAGUGCGCCUACGGCCACGCACAGCUCACCGUCGGCGUCACCAAAUACUACGAUCAGCUUCCCGACGAGUGGCUCCGUCUCUACACCGAUCUCGCCGAUCCCAACUUCCUGCACACCGGUCGCAUCGCUCAGCAGAAGCGCAUCCGCGCCUUGCUCCGCGAUAUCGAGGAGCCUUCCGUGGCAGGAUGGCUCGCCUGGAAGGAAGCCUAUUCGCGAUGGGCCAACCUCACCCAGCUCGUAGCCAGGCCCAUUGUCGAAGAUUCCUCAACCGCACCGGACAAGGCCGCCCAGUGGCACAACUAUGCCGGCUUCCUCUGCGCCUUUGGCGGCGCCUGCUUUGCCGCUUCCGCGCGCAUCACCUCCGAGGUCGAACCGAGCGUCGCACAAGUCUUGCCUCAGUUUUCCGACCUCAACGAGCAGCCAGCUACGCUCAUCGAACAUUUCGUCCAGGAGAUGGUCGACCUGCUCGUGUCCGACUCUCUCUGGGUGCGCGAAAAGGCCAAGGAGACGCUGGGUGUCGAUCUGGGUCCCCGUUUGAUCGGCAUCCUCUUCCGACAGAUCCAUGCAGUCCUCAGCGAUUUCUUUGACAAGGACACGGGCUACCCCAAGACCAGCGAGAUGUACACCGUCUUUGUCGAGCAGAGCAUCGGCGUUGCCACCAUGGUGCUCCACCGCCUCGACGAGGACAAGGCCGUGGUCGCCACGUCCAAGGUCGAUAUUGGCUCGCUCAUGGUGCUCUUUGUCGAAUAUGCCAACUCGCUCGGGCGUGAAGAGCAGGCCUUGCGCAUCAAGACCGCCAUGUGUCAGAUGUGCGAGGCCCUCAUGCGCAAGAAGGCCGCCUUCUCGUUCUCAAACGAGCUGCGUGUUCGUAAUCGCCUCUUCCAAGCCUUGACCACCUGGACUUCGGACGGAUCCGAGGACGGCUUCCACUCCAACUCGCUCGAUGCGCUCGAUCGCCUCCACCGCGAUCUCGACGUGGCCUGCCUCAAGUGCAUCUCGAUCCUGCUCGACAAGCUGCCGCUGCUGCUGGCCGACGAUGCGCUCCUGCUAGAUGACAAGGUCGAGGGCGCCAAGACCCGCCACUUUGCCAUGUACUUUGCCUACUUUAUCAAGAUCCUCAACCGCACGCGGCACUCGGAAACGGCGGCUGUCGCGCGUGCUCGCGCUGUCAACGAUGCGCGCUCGCUCGCCGGCGCCAAAAGUGGCAAGGUGGAAUCCGGCCGCGACUUUGAACCGUUGCGCGAGUCGGCGAUCCUGGCGCUCUCCAACCUCUUGGCUUCGAACAUCGACAGCGGAUUGCAUAGCUCUUUGCCCUUGGCCUACCACGAAGAUCCACGCAUCCGCACCGCCUUUAUGCAGAUCAUGACCAACGUGCUCAAUCAGGGCACCGCGUUUGACGAGCUCGAGCGUCUCAGUGGAGCGCGCAAGUCCAAUCGCCUCAUCGACCUCGUCUGUCAAGAGGAUCUGCAGCUCGCACUGUCCGUCUGCCAGGUGUGUCCUGGCCGCGAUGUGGAGCCGAUGAGCGUCCUGCUGCUCAGCAUCUUCGAUGCCAAGGGCGGCCUCAUCCGAUUCCUCAAAGCCGCCGUCGAGGAGGAGAUCCAGCGCACGGCGACCGAGGAGAUGGUGUUCCGCAGCAACUCCUUCUGCACCACCCUGCUCUCCACUUUUGCCCGCACGCACGGCUACGACUACCUCCGCUCCAUCAUGGCGCCUCUCAUCACCGAGUUUGCGCGCAAGCCGGCCGGAUUCUCGGUCGAGAUGGAUCCCUCGCGAGUCGAGCCUGGAGGAAGCGCUCUCAAGAACCAGACUGCGCUCGAAGAGAUCGCACAGGCCUUUAUCGACGCCAUCUGCUCCUCGGCGCAUCGCGUGCCUGCCGUGCUGCGCGAGCUUUGCCGCCACAUCCGCAACGUCUUGGACACGCGCUUCCCUGCCUCGCGCUAUCAGGGUGUCGGAGGUCUCAUGUUCCUGCGAUUCAUCAGUCCUGCCGUGGUGUCGCCCCACAUGAUCGACAUCAACCUCACCGGACCCAGCAAGGACCUUCGUCGUGGCCUCGUGUUGAUCAGCAAAAUCCUCAUCACCCUCGCCAGCAACAACCUCUUCUCGAGCCACAAGGAACCCUUCAUGACCGGUCUCAACGACUUUUUGAAGAGCAACGUUUGGAAGGUCACGGCGUUCCUCGAUCAGGUCUCGGACGCUCGCACCGACCCCGAUCGUCUCUACGCUGCGGACCAGCCGCUGGGCUUCGGCAUCCAUCCAACCGUGUACGGCGUCGACGAGCGCGAUCAGAGGAUGCUGCACAAGUUCCUCUUCGAGCACGUUGAAAAGCUUGGCAAGUGCCUCUCGGACCGUACCUCGAAGGCGAACGAGCUGUCGACGUCAGGAGCCGGUGCCGAUCGGGACAGCUUCCUCGGCAGUGACGCUCAGUGGCGACGCAGCCACGAGGCCAAAAACGUCUAUGACGACUUGUGCGAUGCUCUGGCCGCCGCAGGAGAGCCCAAGGCAGACGAACUGCCCGAACCGGCUUUCGGUGCGAGCAACUAUCAGGACUUUCUUCGCCGGCACGCCGGCCGCAACGUCGACGAGGACAGCUACCGGGCCAUCUUCUACGAAGGACCGUCGUCGCGAGCCGGUCGUCCAGUGCUCUACUAUGCCAUGCACAACCAGAAGGCGGACACGAUCGACUUUGAGGGCCUCAUUCUCUACAUCCUUCAGACGCUCGAGACCUUCGCCUAUCGACACUUCGACCUGGUGUUCAACACGACCGCCUGCCACCCGUCCAACGUGACGCCCAGCCAGUGGCUCCUCUACUUUAGCUCGUUGGUGCCCGCCUCGAUCCUGGCCAACGUGGUCAACGUCUUCUUCCUCAAUCCCAACACCACUGCCCGCGUCGAGCUGCAGUUCUGGUCUUCGUCCUCGUACGGUGACUCGUCGAUCAAACACGAGAUCGCCGACCGCAUGACGUCGCUGCAGAACGUAGUCUCCUGCACGACGCUCGCAGACAUCGAGAUGUACGUUGAACCGCGCAACCUCGCGUUGGACAAGCUUACGCUCGCCAUCCUCGGUUCGACAGCCGAGAUGCACUUUGACCAGAUCACCAUGGUGUGGUACUACCGCUCCUUGACACCCGUCAAGUUCAGCAUCGGUGGCGAAUACCUGCAGAUCACCGGCCUCAAGCAGCAGGAGUGGUUGCCCAACGUCUCCGUCCAUCUCAACAACGUCUUCCAUCUCUCUGACAUCGACGACGUGCGCUCCAUCUCGAUCCGAGGCGACGACAACACCUUCUUCCUCUCGUGCCGUAACGGCGCCAUGAACUUUGUGUUCAACAGCCGCGAACGCUCCGAGGUCGUGCAGGCAUUGCGACAGGCCAAGGCGCGAGUGUCCAAGUUCCGAGCCAACAACGCCGUGGAUCGUGUGCUGCGGCCCAACGAUGUGCCGGGCACGCUGCUCAACAUGGCCAUGCUCAACAUCACCAGCGACGAUUCGGCGUUGCGGCUCAGCGCCUACAACCUGCUGUGCGCGCUGAGCACCUCGUUCAACUUUGGCGCCAGCAGUGCCAAGAAGCGACUGUUGAGCUCGCGCGGCCUCGCGCUGCCUGCCAACACCAUGGCGUUUGUGACGGAUUUGAGCAAGGACUUUGCGGUGGCCGCGCCUGGCGUGACGCUCGAGUUCCUCCUCUCGUUCUUUGACGGAUUCGAGCGCGCGGCGCGCAGCCAGAAGACGGUGUGCUUGCACUAUCUGUCUCCCUGGCUGUCGAAUCUGGUCAUGUUUGUGCACACGUCCCGCGAGCAGCAGGGCGAGUACCACCGCCGCAUCAAGGAGAUCCUCAACCAGCUCAUCAGCAUCACCACCAAGCAGCCCGACAUGUACGCCAUUAUGCAGCGCUGCGUGUGGUCGCAGCUCAGCCGGCUCGACGACCUCAUCCCGACCUUCUUGGACGUGUUUGCAGAGGCAGCCAUGGACUCGGGCCUGCACACGGAACGCUUCGAGGCGGUGCUCGAUACGAUGGUCUCGUUUGCCUCGAUCAAUCUGCGCGGCAAGCUGCUUUCGCGGCUGCGCAAGGUGAUCGCCAAGACGGCGCAGAACGCCGUGGUGUCGCAACUCCAUCUCAACGCGUCGUGGAAGGAGAUCGCGACGCUGGUGCGCAUGAACAUGGUGCUCUCGUUCACCAACCGCGUCGAGGCACUGCUCUACCUCCCGGAGCUGCUUCACGUGAUUCUCCUGCUGGCAGGCAACGGCACGGAUGCGACUCGACACGCGAUCUACGGAAGCGCCAUCAACCUCGUGCAUUCGCUCUGCACCGAAGACCAGCGCGAGGCACGUAAGCCGGAAGAGGCGACGCCGCGCAGCGCCGAGGCGGUGGCCAAGCUGCGUGCGCUGCUCGAGCGACUCGCCGAACCGGACGCGCUCAAGCUGUUUGGCCUUCCCGCCGCUUCGCAAGCGACGAGCGCCAAUGCAGCGUUUGGCGCCUCGACGGAGAUGGUGCGCGAUCCGCCGGACAAUGCCUCGAUCGAGCGCCUGGCACUGCUCAUGUACGAGGUCGCCGACGCGGCGGCUCCUAGCGUGGAUGCGGCUAACAGCUGGCGCGCGCGACUGACGAGCCUGGUGACCAGCACGGCCUUCCAGUAUAACCCGAUCAUCCAAUCGCGAGCGUUCGUGCUGCUCGGCUGCCUGGCGCAGGGCGAGAUCGACGACGACCUGCUGUACCAGAUCCUGGUGUCGCUGCGCGGCUCGAUCUCGGAGUGGGCGAGCAGCAGCUCGGACAUGCCGAUGAUCAGCAUCGUGACGUGCCUGAGCAAGGUGGUGCGCAUCCUUCCGACGCGCUCGCGCUAUCUGCCGCAGAUGAUCUGGCUGGGCGUGGCGAUGGUGCAGUGCGGGCAUGUGCCGCUCUUCAAGGCCGGAGCCGAACUGAUGCUCGCGACGGUCGAGACGAUUUGGCAGCGGGGCAUCCCGACGAGCGAGGGGUCGGAUCUGAUCGCCUAUCUGUUGGAUGCGCGCUUCGAGUUCCGCGAGCUGGCGUGCAAGCUGGACGACGAGACGGGGAUGGACUUUGACAUUAACUUUUCGUUUGGCAUGGCGGCGCUGCUGGUCAAGGGGUUGCGGCAUCCGUCGACCAAGGAGGUGACGACCAAGCUGAUGCGCGCCAUGCUGCGCCACUGUGGCGUGGAUGCGUCGGGCGAACGUUGUUCUAGCGAUGGGCGGAUUUCGGAGCGACAGCUCGGGUUCUUCGUUGGGUUGCUGCCGACGGCGACGCGGUUGGAAGAGUUUGGCCAGCUGUUGGCGCUUGCCGGCGUGGAGCCGGGUGCAUGCUCAGCAGCGGUCGAAGCGCGUCGAUCCGGAUACAAAGGACUGCAACAGUAUCUGGACGUACUCAACAACCGCAUAGCGCUAUUGCUCGUCACGCUCGUCACAUCGUUACUGCAGCAUGCCGAGUCUGACGCGGAGCGACUCAUGCUGUACGGCUUCCUGAACGAGGCUGCGCGCGAGAUGCCCGCCAUCGUCAGCAUCCUCUACGACAGUCUGGCGCCGAGCAUGAAGGACGUCUUUGUCAACUGUUCCAACGGUGCCAUCCUCGACGCGGUGCAUGGCAUCGCACAAACCGCGCUGAGCCAGCCGUUCUUUGCCGCCCAGGCACGCGAAACCGCCAAGCGCGGCGGUCCCAAUGCCUACCUCGUCGAAUCUGGCUACGGCAGCUUGCUCGGAUGCGGCGCCUUCGUCCCGCUCAUGGAGGGCCGCCGACACGUGCUGUGCAAACUCAGCAUCCAACUCGUCCUAGGCCUCACCGACGUAGGCACCACCUAA